AUGUCAGACUUUGAUGAUAAUCCACUGGCCACAGAUGAUGAUGAAGGCACCACCACUCCGCUGGAGGUUACGAACAGGAAGAGAGAACGUGAAGAGGAUGUUGCGAUGGCUGCAGCACCCGAGCGGUCACCACCGCAAAUGUCUGUUUCCACUCAACGAGCGACUUGUGCCUCUUCUUCUUCUGCUGUAAUGGCUGAUAGUCAUGAUAGUGGUGUUUUAACGGGAGAAGAUUUUACUUUUGAUGGUAAUGAAAAGGCGACAAGUAUAGAUAUUCCUACAACAGAGAGUUUAUUGGCAGAAUACGACGCGGGUCGAGAAGAGGAUGAAUUUAAUGAAUUAAUUGUAAAAACCGCUGAGUUAGAGUCCAAGUUAAAGAAACAAAAGAAUACAUACAAUGAUGAGAUAACUCGUGUUUCUAAAGAACAUAAAGAUCUUGAAGAAUCUAUGGAAUCUUUAAAGAGUACAAUUCUACGCAUAUGUGAAGAGAUUAAAUCUGUUCAAACCACCCGGGAUGUAACAGAUAUAGAAGGUAAUAAUAGUAAUAAUAAAAGUAGUUAUACUGAAGAUGCUUUAGGGUUGAUGGAGGUUAUUCAACGAGAGAAUAGUACUUUAAAUAAAACUGUUAAAGAACUUACACAACACCUAAACGUGCAGGUAGGUAAAGAUCGUAUUAUAAAAGAGCUUACAGAACAUAUUUACACCUGUAUUACUGGUAAUCAAGAUGGACAGAGAGAUAUUCUUAGCAUCUUUGAUCCUCAGGUUGAACGACGUAAUCUUGAAUUAUGUAAAACGGCAAUUGCCAAACUUAGCACUAGUGGGGUAAUAGAUCAAACAUCUUUACUUAUACAAGCACUUAUGGGAGUUAUGAAUCGUUUAGUUAAUAAUUUUGAUGUGAUCUAUGCAAAUGCGAAAACAUUAAAUGAACGAAUGUCGUGUUUGUCAUCAUCCUUGCGUGAGUUAGCACGAUAUUCACUGGAAUGGUACUGUCGUACUAUUAAUAAAGAUAUGUUAGGAAAUGGAGAUGUUAAGUUACCAAUAUUUACAUCUAGAGAAGCCUAUGAGGGUAGCGUAGGGAAUCAACGAUUAGAGACAACAUUACAUCGGAUGGAAUAUACUGUAAAUCAACUAUUAACACUUUUACCUUCAAAUCUUGGUACAACAACUCCACAUCAAAAUACACCUGCUAUUGCAGCUGCAGCAGCUGCUCUCUUUAAUGAAGAUUUGGAAUCUCACACAGAAGCUCUUGGUAAGGAAGUUCUUAUGUUAAGAAAGUUGCUUACUGAGGAUACAGCUACCCUGGUACCACAACUAAGUGAACUGCAUAAAAAACAAGGAGAAAAAAAAGAAACAGAUCUAAAAACAUCUACAACUACUGAAAUGACUACUUGGCUCAUUAAAAUAAUGAAAACAUUAAUGGAACGUCUUAAUACUGCAAAUACUUUAUUACAUUCUUUAGGAACUUCUGAAAAGAGUAGAGAUGCCCCAGCAAUGGCACUUCAACUUGCUUUUUAUGAGAAAUAUCUUGAAAUGCAAAAAAUGUUACUUCAUGAAUUACAUACAUGCAAUACUGCCUUACAAGAAAGGGCCUACCUUGUAACUGUUAUUCGUCAAAUAGCUUUACAUGAUGGUGAUAAUGAAGCUGUUGCUAUGGUAGCCCAAAAAUUAGUUGAAAGUUUAGAAAAUAAUAAUAUUAAUGAUAAUUAUGAAGAACUAGAACAAAGGUUUAUUGAAAAAAUAAAGAAGUUUGCAGAUGAAGCAUCUGAAAUGUUUAGAGAUCACUCUGUUAGUGCGGUUCAGAGCGCACAAAAACUACAAGAAGUUCGAAGAUUUUUUGCACAAACCGUAGAGGUUUCAGACAAACUUGUAUAUGGAGAAUCAUCUAGAUCUAUUCCUCAUUCUAUUGCAGAAAUAUCUUUAAUAAAUUCUUCAGAUGUAGUGGAUACUUCUCAUGAAGGAAAUCUUCUUCUUUGUAAUAGUGAUGAAGAGUUUUCCAUUCUUCCAGUAACAUCAAAUGAUGUUAGAAAAGAGCUUCAGGAAGAAAUAAACACUGUAGAAAGAAGAAAUAAAGAAUUAAUGAAAUGCAUGAAAUGGUUUUCAACGCAGAAAACUCAUAACGCUAUUCCAAAACUUUGUGCAGCACGUAAAGAGGUUGAAGAGUUACGUCAGAAGUUAAAACAAUCUGAAGAAGGAGAAGCGAAAUGGAAGACGCUUAAAGGUGAAGUAGAUGAGACUCGAAAGGCAGUUUCUGUGGCUGUGGCUGCUACUGCAGCAAUGAGAGAUCGGUUGAAUGGUCUGCGUGAACGUUUACAUACUGGAAAAGAAGGGCAAUUGCAAUAA